AUGUCGUGGCGCAUUCAGAACCUGCCCGAUUCCCAGACGAAUCCCUCAGGCGCCGCGCCAGGAGGAGGUGGAGGCGGAAAGAAGUCCAAGUCCAAGUCUUCGUCGGACGGGCGGGGCGCGAUCAAGAGGCUCAUCAAGGAGCUUGACGUGUGGCGGGCGGAGAAGAAGGACGAGAGGGGCAUCGAGAGAUUAGGUCCCGUCGACGACGAGGAUCUGUUGGCGUGGGAGGCUGUGGUCAAUGGGCGGGGGAUCGGGAACGGUUAUGACGAGGGCCGCUGGCUGCUAAAGAUCCAGAUCCCGACAGACUAUCCCAUUCGCCCACCAAAGAUACGCUUCGCGACGCCCGUCGUCCACGCAAAUAUUGCCUUGCAGACGGGCGAGAUCUGCCUCGACCUCCUCAAGGACGCCUGGACGCCCGCCUACAGCGUCCUCGAGAGCGUGCGUGCCGUGCGUACGCUGCUUGCGUACCCGGAGACGGACUCGCCGCUCAACGUCGAUGUCGCGGCGCUGCUGCGCGGCGGGGACGUGCUGGGCACGCGCGCGCUCGUCGAGUUUUGGUGCCGGGAUGAUGAGGGGCGGUAUGAGGGCCCAUGA